UCAGCAGCAGCUAACGGCCAAACCCGUCACAGCGGCGCGGGCUGUAAUGUGUACCUGCUGUCGAUGAUUCUUUUGAAAAACACAGACAUUAUACAUGUUUCCUAUGCGUAGUUAAGCCAGAGGAACCACGUCAAAGAUGGAUGACAUCGAUGCAAUGUUCACUGACCUUCUGGGGGAGAUGGAUGCCCUGACGCAGAGUCUGGGUGUCGAAGCAGUUGAACCUGUACCCCCAAAGGCCACAGCUCCCCCCAGCAAGAUCAACUUCUCCAUCGGUUUUGGGAAUUUAAAUGAAUCCCUGAAUGAGCUGGAGGACCAUGACUUGGACGCCCUGAUGGCAGACUUAGUGGCGGAAAUCAACGAUGUGGAGGAAAGUAUGACAAUCACCGGGAAAGGUGGCACAGCAAAGCCACAUGCUGAACCUGCAGGCCUGCCUUUCCCUCCACCCCCUUCGAGACACUCCGCCCCUCAACCCACCCCUCUCAAUGUGGUGCAGAACAGUCUCGGUGCUGCAAAAGUGCCCUCACCAGAACUUCCGCCUCCUCCAGAGCCCCCCAAGCAACUGUUGCCGGAGGACAUUGAAGCACAGGCCAAAGCAGACAAAAUAAAACUGGCUCUGGAAAAGCUAAAAGAGGCCAAAGUUAAAAAGCUCGUCAUCAAAGUAAUCAUGAAUGACGGCAGCUCCAAGACCCUAAUGGUGGAUGAGAGACAGAUUGUGCGGGACGUGCUGGACAACAUGUUUGAGAAGACGCACUGUGACUGCAAUGUGGACUGGUGCCUAAUUGAGACCAACCCCGAGCUGAACAUAGAGCGGGGUUUUGAAGACCACGAGAACUUGGUGGAGCCUUUGUCUGCAUGGACACGAGACAGCGAGAACCAAAUUUAUUUCCUAGAAAGGAUUGAUAAAUAUGCCAUCUUUAAAAAUCCACAGAAUUUUUAUCUCUGGAAAAAGGAUAAGAAGUCCCUCCAAGACAUGAAGGACAAAGACAAAGAGUUACUCCUGCAGGAAAACUUCUGUGGGUCUUCCAUCAUUGUGCCAGACCUAGAAGGUGUGCUCCACCUGAAGGAGGAUGGAAAAAAGUCCUGGAAGCAGCGCUAUUUUCUGUUGCGGGCAUCUGGAAUUUAUUACGUGCCCAAAGGAAAAACCAAGACGUCACGCGACCUGGUGUGCUUCGUGCAGUUCGACAACGUCAACGUCUACUACGGCAAAGAGUUUAAGAGCAAGUACAAGGCGCCCACGGACUUCUGCUUCGUACUCAAGCACCCACAAAUCCAGAAGGAGUCCCAGUACAUCAAGUACCUGUGCUGUGACGACGCCUGGACGAUGACGCUGUGGGUCACAGGGAUCCGCAUCGCUAAGUACGGCGUCACGCUGUACGACAAUUACAAGACGGCCGUGGCGAAGGCCGCCUUGUCGUCGUUCUUCACAAACCGUACAGUCACAGCCACCGCAGUGUCUUCCAAAGCUUCUGCUGCCAAUGCUCCAUCUCAGGCCAACGGACACGCAGUCCCAGCCCCUGUACAGCCACCUCCCAUCGCAGCGGCCUUCUCUCAGGCCUGGAGCCGAGCCGAGGCCAAGGACCACGGUGACCCGUUCACCUUGCCGCCGCCACCUCCCGACCCCACCCUGCCACCUCCACCCCCGCCACCCCCCCCACCCUCUGCAGCCAAGAAGGACGUCGUCUUCCAGCCUAAAGCAGCUGCCAGCUCCGAGCCACUGAACUUCCUCCCACCACCUCCAAGCGACUUCCUUCCGCCUCCCCCUGACAACCUCCUGGAGCCACCCCCUGAUUUCCUGCCCCCGCCCCCACCGGCAGCCACCGGGGGAGGACCCCCGCCUCCUCCUCCUCCUCCACCACCACCUCCCAUGGCAGCCAACCCGGCAUCCGCUCCUACCCUGAAAAAAGUGAGCGCGGCCCCCACACCCAGACCAGCGCCGGCUGCAGCGGCGCCCUCUGGUGGGGACCUCAUGUCAGAACUGAUGGUGGCAAUGCAGAAGAAAAGAAGGGCGCAGUAGAUAGAGCUCGAGAGCAGACCUCACUGCCACACGUGGGAAGUACAUAUUUAUACCAUUAGUACUAGAAACUUAGAGUAGGGGAUUGAGGGAACUGAACUGAAAUAUGGAAUAUAUAUUCAUAUGUUUGGAAUUUAUGUAUACCAAUCUACGUAUAUAUUCUGUAAAUUAUACAGACACACACACACAUACACACACACACCUUACAGACUGUAAACAUAACUCCAUGUCACAUUCCAUGUCUUUACUCUACUGUUCUUGCAUUUUUGGAUUAUGAAAUGAAAUUACAAUUUUGUAUAAUAAAAGUAACCACUUCAUAUUCAAGUACGAGUACAAAGGUGAACAUACAAAUCCUUUUGUAUACAGUGUUUAUAUUUGUUGUAAAGUUAAAAUAUUAUCUCAUUUCCACUGUUAUGGCAACUCCUGGGGUGAAGCUGUUGAAUAAAAAUGGAAUUCAAAGCCUUUACCGAGCUCAGUGGGAAAACCGGGACGUCCAUUACCGCGCUUCUUUUGGCAUCACCACAUCUGCACAGAUAUUGGAACAGAUGAUUAGAUGAGACGUAAUUAUUACACAAACAUGCGCGAAACUGUUUCCAAGGGGAGCAAGUCGUCACAGUCUGUUUCUCAUCGGAUCUCGUGAGAUCAACACUUGAGGAAUGAUGCAAUCAAAUAUUUUGUGGCACAUUUGCUUUGUGUCAUUAUGCAGUGUCUGAGUGAAUAAACUUGUUUUACAGCGCUUCCCUAAAAUAAAAUCAGUAUUUUUUACA